AUGCAUGUGUCGGCAGAGGUGCGGCGCCGGGCCUGGCACGAGGCCGUUUUUGCGGCGGACGCGUGCGGCAGGCUGCUGGCCCAGCACGUGGUAGGUGGCAUCGACGUGCCCGCUGGCUACAACACGCCUGGCUUCGUGAGGCCCUUCCACUUCUACUGCGCGGUGUGCGACGCCCCACUGAACUACUGGGACCAGUUGCAGGACCACCUCGGCGACGGCGACGAGGCACGUCGGCACGUGCGCCGCCGGCGCGAGCUCGAGGCCCGAGCGCGCUCGGCCAGCCGGCUCGUCGCGCGAUCGCGGGACGGCGGCGAGACGUUGUUGGUGUCCGUGGCGGACAGAACGUUCAGCUGCACGGCGUGCGGCGUCGUGGAUCAGCCUUGGCACAGGGUCGAGGAGCACCGCGGGUCCGAGCAGCACCGGGCGCGGCAGGCGCGCGGCGCCGCGCGGCCGGCGGAGGGCCCCGGGCGGCCGCGGCCCGUGAGGGGGGCGCCCGCGCUGCACCCGGACCUGGCCGCCGCGGCGCCCGCGGUGGUGGUGGUGGUGGUGGAGUGA